AUUUUUAGACCUGGCAACGCUUUCUUCUCUUUUAGAUACAGGAUUCCAGCAACGAUGUCUAAGCACCACGAUGCAGGGACUGCUUUCAUCCAGACCCAGCAGCUGCAUGCUGCCAUGGCAGACACUUUCCUGGAGCACAUGUGUCGCUUGGACAUUGACUCUGAGCCAACCAUUGCAAGAAACACUGGCAUCAUCUGCACCAUUGGCCCAGCCUCCCGCUCAGUGGAAAAGCUGAAGGAAAUGAUUAAAUCUGGAAUGAAUGUUGCCCGCCUCAACUUCUCUCAUGGCACCCAUGAGUAUCAUGAGGGCACAAUCAAGAACGUGCGAGAAGCUACAGAGAGCUUUGCCUCUGACCCGAUCACCUACAGACCUGUGGCUAUUGCAUUGGAUACAAAGGGACCUGAAAUCCGAACUGGACUCAUCAAGGGAAGUGGCACAGCAGAAGUGGAGCUCAAGAGAGGUGCAGCUCUCAAAGUGACCCUGGAUGAUGCCUUCAUGGAGAAGUGUGAUGAGAACGUGCUGUGGCUGGACUACAAGAAUCUCAUCAAAGUUGUGGAUGUUGGCAGCAAAAUCUACGUGGAUGAUGGUCUGAUUUCCUUGCUGGUUAAGGAGAAAGGCAAGGACUAUGUCAUGACGGAGAUUGAGAACGGCGGCAUGCUUGGCAGCAAGAAGGGAGUGAACCUGCCUGGUGCUGCGGUGGACCUGCCUGCGGUCUCCGAAAAGGACAUUCAGGACCUAAAGUUUGGUGUGGAGCAGAACGUAGAUAUGGUGUUUGCUUCCUUCAUCCGCAAGGCUGCUGAUGUCCAUGCUGUCAGAAAGGUGCUAGGGGAAAAGGGAAAGAACAUCAAGAUUAUCAGCAAGAUUGAGAACCACGAGGGUGUGCGCAGGUUUGAUGAGAUCAUGGAGGCCAGUGAUGGCAUUAUGGUGGCUCGUGGUGACCUGGGAAUUGAGAUCCCUGCUGAAAAAGUCUUCCUUGCCCAGAAGAUGAUGAUUGGGCGCUGCAACAGGGCUGGCAAACCCAUCAUUUGUGCCACUCAGAUGCUGGAAAGCAUGAUCAAGAAACCUCGCCCAACUCGUGCUGAGGGCAGCGAUGUUGCUAAUGCUGUCCUGGAUGGAGCAGACUGCAUCAUGCUCUCUGGAGAGACUGCCAAGGGAGACUACCCACUCGAGGCUGUGCGCAUGCAGCAUGCUAUUGCCCGUGAGGCCGAAGCCGCCAUCUUUCACAGGCAGUUGUUUGAGGAACUGCGCCGCCUGACCUCCCUGAAUUGUGAUCCUACUGAGGCUGCCGCUGUUGGCGCUGUGGAAGCGUCCUUCAAGUGCUGCAGUGGGGCCAUUAUUGUCCUUACCAAGUCUGGAAGGUCAGCACACCUGGUGUCCCGGUACCGCCCACGGGCUCCCAUCAUUGCUGUGACCCGCAAUGACCAGACGGCACGCCAGGCCCACCUGUACCGUGGCAUCUUCCCUGUCUUGUGCAAAGAACCAGCCCAUGAGUCAUGGGCAGAGGAUGUGGAUCUCCGUGUGAACCUGGGCAUGAAUGUUGGUAAAGCACGUGGAUUCUUCAAGAGCGGUGAUUUGGUCAUUGUACUAACAGGCUGGCGCCCUGGCUCUGGCUACACCAACACCAUGCGUGUGGUGCCAGUUCCCUAAACAACUGACUCAACCAGCAACAUGUUCGCUCCCCCUGCUCCAUCCACUCCCCCUCCCCUUGCAUUAGACCAGCAGUUGCUUGCAAUGUUCUCCUUGUCUGUAGAGUGGAUUUAGGUUGCUAAACACCACCGAGUGCAGCAGCAGGGGGAAGAGACCUUAAAUCACUAAAAAUACUUGAAGUGUUUAGUUUUUUUUAAAAACUUCUCCCUAUAGUUAAGUACUGCCCUGAUGUAUGUUGGGGUCAGGGUAGGAGGUUCCUGCAUGCUGAUGGGACUUAUGCUCCUCUGCUGCCUCUUAGCCUAGUUACUGUCCUCAGGGUGUGAACGUGCCUUUCCUUGCCCCUAUUUGGGGUGAUGGGGAAGGGAACAGGUGACUUGGGGUUCAACGGUUCUGGUGUAACACUCUGCAGUAGGCAAAUGGCAGCCCUGUGCCCCGUAGGUUCAGCUACGCAGCAGCUCCAUGUAAUGCCAGCCCUUCUCUGCUGUGUCUUCAUACGCCCGCAGGCUUGCACUGUUAGUGUCUCCAGUACACUCCAGUUCUGGAGGUACUGUGGAUUGCCACGGGUCUGUCUAGUUGUACACCGUGUGGGAGCUAGGCUGGCUCUCUUCUCUGGGUUUACUGUUGGCUCUCUGCACUGCAGACUCCACCACAAGCUCAGGAGGUGGAUGUCCUCAGAAAGCAAGAUGUGCUUAACCCUUUAAGCCCUAAAAAGCAUCUUGCUUGAGGCUGGCUGCUUUUUAUCCCCCUCUGAUGCAAGCAGAAGCUGUUACAUUUGAGACACAAAUCUCCCAAAAGACCAAAUGUAGGAUGAAUCCAAGCCUAGAUUCCCUCUAACCUGUUUUCAGUUUGACCUAAGUGUUGCAGGGGUGGGGACAGAACAAGGAUAAAACAGGAUGUUGGCUCUAAAGGGUUGAGCGCUUCAAGGGUUUCGACUGUCCAUGGCGAGCGCCCUUCACCUCUGUGCUAAGAGCUUCCUGUGCUCCUAUUGCAGUGUCACGUCUGAGUUUAGUCACGUUACCUGAGAGCGUUCUCCUUCAUUGUAAAUCUGGACAAACUGUUCACUCUUAACAGGUGUUUUGGGUUGUAGAGCACAAGUAUGUACAUCAAUAAAGAAAAGCUGAAGCACCCAUCA